AUGUUCCGAUUUGCGUGCAGUGAGCACAAAGUGAGUCUUAUUGAACGAACACCAACUGAAGUGUGCCCUGACUACCGAAAAGGUGCGAAGUGCAACGCGUCUUCUCGCGUUUUCAUCGUGUGCUCUUAUCUAAUCGCGAAUGUUUUGAAUCUCGUCAUCACCGCUUGGGAGUACAUUAGUCCAGAAAGUACUCAAUCUGAGGAAUACUAUGAUAUCUAUGAAAUAAUGACGGAUAUCGUUUCGGUGCUUUCAUUUUCACUUGUGCCACGCGACUUCAAGCUUCGUUUUAGCAGUUGUAAUAAAGAGAUUCGUGACAUGGUAAAACUAUAUCUCUGCGGUUUAACGGCUGGAGAGAACCGUCCAAAAAAAGAUACACUGUCUCGAACUCGCAAAGAUCAACAAACGCCAGUGGGACACCAUUUGAUCGCGUUGCUGUGGCGGUGGCGAGAAGGGAGGUGUUGGGUGAGUAUCAAAAUCUACCAA